CCUCGGAGCGCGUGCGGUUGGAGAUAGUUAUAUCUUCCCCUGGAUGACGAGCUCACCCCCAAGGUGUCACUUUGUUGCCUCUUUCCUGUCCUCUUCUCGACUUGUCCAGAGAAGGGUCUCCUUGUCGGAUCACUUUAUUACUCAUUCCCCAUCUUUGUGAGAGUCUACUGUGUGCAUUUGCCGCUCGACAUCCUCGGGUCGUCGAUGACUGGAAGCCCAGCCGGGGCCUCUUCAUGACUCAGACCAAAGACGCCCUGUAACCUCUCUUGUUUAUUGUUUAUCGGAGAUUUUUGGUUCGCGGGUCUGCCUUAGUAUUCAGUCUUUUGUCCACCGCUCUCGCCUCAAUUUCCUGGCUUUAUAUUCCCCCUGUUCCAGACAUCCCUCAAUAACAGAGGCAAGCGCCACCCAUCACCCCGAGUGUGGUUUACCUAUUCCGUGUAUAUAUCUGAGACUAUCUUCUCCCGCAUCCGUCGACACCCAACCAUCCUCCCAGUCAUGUCUGACACCUUGCUUGAUAUCCGUCGUGCUGGCGUUGAGGCCAAAAGGGCUCACGACCACAAGGCCAAGUGGGCGUACGGCAGCCGUUCUACCCUGCCUCGUUAUAGCCAAGCUGUCCACUCCCAUGUCUUGCACAAGGCUAGGCCGAGGUUGCCAGCGACUCAUUACACAACCUUGACACGCCAGAUGCGGUUCCAGCGAAAGGCUGAAACCAACCAUCAUCUCAGCGACGCCAAGAUCGCCCUGCGCGCUGACGUCCGUGAGGCUCUCGACAGUGGAACGUCGGAUUCUUCCAGCGAUGAUAUCGAUGAGCCUGCCGCGGCGGAGAAGAUUAUCGAUGACGCUGAGGGGAAGGAUACGCUGCGUGACUAUGAUGUGGCGGGCCAGACUAUACUCUCUGAUGCUGUGAGCAAGGCUGUCGAGAAGUUCGAGACGAAGGAGACAGAGCGGAUUGUCAAGGAGUACGAGAUGAUCUCUUAUGAGGGUGAGACUGCCCUGGGCUACAUGGCUGACGACGAUGACUUUGAGCUGGUCGAUCGGAUCAAGCUAUGACACGUCUGUUGCUUCCUCUUCUCAUUUGUGCUUUUGGCGUCGAUAUCCCUAUCCACAGUCCUUGAUUCUGGCGUUGGACACAGACUGAUCACUGAUUCAUUUUGACAUUUCUGCAUGUUGUACAUCACU